UUGCCUGGCAUGCAACCGUGUUGAGCGUCGCGUUAUUUUGUUUUCUGUUUUGUUUUUCGUUUCGUGUUUUUAAUUUUUCCCCCAUUUAUUGUGCGUUUUUGUUAAUUAAGUUAAAACAAUGAGUUUACUAGUGGUUUUGUGAUUGUGAAGAAAUAAAUGUGGGGAUCGUUUCAGUGCUCCUGUGAGGACGACGAGGGUGCAUUUAUUUGUUUGUAGCUGUGUGCGUGGGCAUCAGCAACAGGUUUUCCAACUCAACUCGCGCCACCUCAGUUUUCAUUUGUUUUCGAUAUUCCGUGGAGUUCGGUUCGCAUCGCGGGAAAAUUGAAUUGCAAUUUAAUGCAACUUUCAAUGGAAAAUGAACGUAGCCAUUAGUUGGUUAAAGUGACGCGGCAACGGCAACCCGUUUUAACGAUCGCAGGUGUGUUGAACGUCGGUCGGCGAUUCCAACGGGUUUUCCAGGAGGUUUUCGGCCCAUAACAAGUUCAAACUUAACUUGGCCAUAUAAUCACAGUUAACAAGUGCCACCUCAGUUCGGAUACGCGUUUGUGAAAAAAUCCUCUCCUCAAACACAAAAAAAACGCCAUAAAAAUGGAAAGUGUUUAAUACUCGAUACUGAUGUGCUACUAACGACGAUCAUCGAUCCCUCGGUUUAGGCCCGCUUUCGAGCCAAAUAAAUAAACAAACGGCAAUAAGAAAAGCUUCCCGAAACCGGAAUGGAAGCUCAAUGACAAAUUAAUUAAUAAAACGGCAAUAUGAAGAAGCAUUCAAAGUAUAUCUAAACAUUCCCGCAAACAAGCGAAACAAAGCGAAGCCGAAACAAUAUAAAAAGUAUUAAAUAACGAUUCUCGAAUGCAAUGGAAAGAAAAAACGGUAGUGGUUAAAAGCGAUUGGACUGUGUGAGAGAGCGUGAUAGAAGCUAAAGAUACCCGGCUUAAAAUGCCAAUAAUCACGGCCACGACAACGGCGACAGCCGGUGGAGGAGCAGGUGUGGCAGCUAGGGGCGUGGCUACCGCCAAGUCUCCCACCGAUUACCUAAUGCUCCAGCAGCAACAGACGUCGCACCAGCAGCAGCAGCAGCACUUCGGCAAUCACUUCUAUCAACAACAGCAGCCACAGCAGUUGGCGCCUCUGAAUGCUUCCCACCAACACCAGCACUCCCAUCCACAUCCACAUCCACAUCCUGUUGCUGCUCCGACCAGUUUUGCAACAUUUAACGGAAACUCGAAUCUAAAUUCUAGCCUUGCCAACGGAAGCAGCAGAAAAUUCAAUUGCAGCCGUGACAACGUGGACGAUAAUGCCGAUGCCGCUGACGUUGCGGCAGUUUCCCAGACAAUGUCCGCUGGCUUAGAUGUGGUUGGUAACGGGAAUGGGAACGGGGACAAGUCUGCCGGCUUAGCGCCACCAGGUGGCCAUCAUCUACGCCCGCCACCACCGCCUGCUCUCAAGAAAUCCUCCGUAUCCGCUUCAGCAGUAGGGAACUCUGCCUCGCGUGAGGAUGUCGCCUCGUUGAGCGGCACCUCCUCGCUGAACAGCCAGAUGUCAGUGCACAAUCAGUUCAUCUCCGGAUUGCCGAGCAAUGGCAUUGGCAGCAAUGGAACCAACGGAGGCCCUUCCACCGGACGAGGCGGUCCACCCAGUAGCAUUCUGAAGGGCAGCAAGGAGAAUCUGCUGCAGAACACCUACUAUAAUGGCGAGGCCGGGGACAGCAGUCUGGGCAGCGAGUGCGGAGUUGGAGAUGUCCAGCACCAAAACCACGAAAGCCACGAUGACCCGGGCGACGGAUUGGGACCCCUGCCUCCCAAAUGGGAGACUGCCUACACCGAACGCGGCGAGCUCUACUUCAUCGACCACAACACCGGAACAUCUCACUGGCUGGAUCCGCGCCUCUCCAAGUACCAGAAAAAGUCACUUGAGGAUUGCUGCGAGGACGAGCUGCCUUACGGUUGGGAAAAGAUUGAGGACUCCAUGUAUGGGAUGUACUUUAUCGACCAUGUGAACCGGCGAACGCAGUACGAGAACCCAGUGCUGGAGGCCAAGAGGCGGGCGGCCGAGCAGAGCCAACAACAACAGCAGUUGCAACAGCAACAGCAGCAACAGGAACAGCGCUCCAAGACACCCACUGUGCUGCCUGAGGCACUGCCCACAGAGGCGGCGGAGGAGCAGGAGGAGGACGAGGCCCCCGUCAAGCUUCCCUACAAGUUCACCCGCAAUCCCGCAGAGCUCCAGGGCCAGCGUGUCAAUACCACACUUCUUAAGUCAGCUCGCGGCCUGGGUUUUACCAUUGUGGGUAGCGAUGGAAGCGCCGGCGGGGAUGUGGAGGAGUUCCUGCAGAUCAAGACAGUGGUGCCUAACGGGCCCGCUUGGCUGGACGGUCAGUUGCAGACGGGCGAUGUUUUGGUCUACGUGAACGACACCUGUGUGCUGGGUUAUACGCACCACGACAUGGUUAAUAUAUUCCAGUCGAUUCUGCCCGGGGAGAGGGCAUCUUUAGAAGUGUGUCGCGGAUACCCACUGCCCUUUGAUCCAAAUGACCCCAACACUGAGGUGGUGACCACCAUGGCCGUGGAUGGUCGUGAAUCGGACAAGCAGAGACGUCUCAACAUGGACGGCAACUACAACUUCCUAGAUUUGUCCGGCGAUGGGGCAAAGAAAGCGAACGGUGCCGGCAGUGGCUUUAUUCUGAUGAAGAAACCUGAGCUAUACACAUUCUCCAUCAUGAAGGGCUCAAUGGGUUUUGGAUUCACCAUUGCCGAUUCCGCCUGUGGUCAAAUCGUGAAGAAAAUCCUUGACCGCAACUGCUGCACCCAGCUGAUGGAGGGUGACGUUCUUCUGGAGAUCAACGGCUUAAAUGUACGCAAUAAACCGCACUUCUACGUGGUGGAGUUGCUGAAGGAGUGCAGCCAGACGACGCCCACAGCGGUAAAGAUUCAGCGCACGCCGCCAGACCAGCCGGCCAACAACACGCUUUCCCAAUUAAACCAGGUUGGCAAUGUGGCUAAACUGCGGAAGAACUUUGUAGGCAGUGGCCUCUUCCGCAGCAAGACGCCCACAGCGGACCUGUACAGCACCCAGGUUAAGGAGGUACUGCCCAUGCGCCCGAAGACCCCAUUGGUGGACACGCGGAGGGCACGGGUUCAGACGCCCAGCAACGAGGUGGAUGGCGAAGGUGACGGCGGGUCAGCGACGGAGAGGGAGACGAGGAAACCGCUUCAGCUGCAGACCCAGGGCAAGUCGAACAGCAGUCUGCAGGAGCUAGAUGACAUACCCUACAUGGAUCCCUAUCCCAAGAUUAGCCGUCUAAGCGAACGUCUGGCGGAAGUGACGUUACAGGGAGAUGCUAAUGGUGGCAUCUACGGGUUGCCGCCCAGCAUGCAACCGCUCCCUUUGCCACUGGCCCACCACGAGUCCUGCUACUGCUACGACUGCCAGGCGCAGCGAUACCGUCCUGGGUACUUUGUCCAGGCCCAGCAGGCCGGGAUGUCGGGAAAUACCGGUCAGUACUCGCCGUUGCAGACGGCGCAUCUCCAGAACGAGCGGAUCCAGCGACGCGUGAACGAGCUACUCAGCGACAGGAGACGCGUGGGAUUCGCAAACCUGGAUCCUCCCCACCAGCAACAGCAGCAGAUGCAGCACUCACCCAGCUGGCGCAAUGGAGCUUUGCUCGACGCAUCUGAAGAUGCGGAUCAGUGCGAACUGACAGAGGUCACUCUGGAGCGUCAGGCGUUGGGCUUUGGGUUUCGCAUCGUUGGUGGCACUGAGGAGGGCUCGCAAGUGACAGUAGGUCACAUAGUGCCGGGUGGCGCCGCAGAUCAGGACCAGCGCAUUUCCACUGGCGAUGAGAUCCUAAGCAUCGAUGGCAUUAACGUGCUGAACUCUUCGCACCACAAAGUAGUAUCCCUGGUGGGGGAAUCAGCGCUUCGCGGGCAGGUCACUAUGAUCUUGCGCCGACGUCGGGCUCCGCUCCUGCAGCAGGCUCCAGUUAGCACACAACUUCGUCGUUAUCCAUAUGAUGUGAUUGUCAGCCGGCAUGAAAACGAGGGAUUCGGAUUUGUCAUAAUAUCAUCAUCGAACCACUACUACGGCUCGACUAUAGGAAAACUAAUACCAGGCAGUCCAGCAGAUCGAUGUGGGGAACUUAAAGUGGGAGAUCGCAUAGUGGCAGUGAACCGUAUCGAGAUAGCCGGAAUGUCGCACGGCGACGUAGUGAAUCUCAUCAAGGAGUCUGGUCUUCAUGUGCGACUCACCAUUGGCGUUCCACUGAAGGAGGGCGGUCCCAGUCCUGGAGGCAGUAGCGCCGGUGUGGCCAGCAAUACUACCAUGCAGUCAUCUCCCAGUCUCCUGAAGGCUCAACUCUCCCACCAGCAGCAACUGCCGCAACAAAUGCAUCUUCAGCAGACGCAGCUUAACCACCACCACCAACAUCUGGAGAUGCCAAUGUCAAUGCCCAUGCCAGGACAUGGAAGUUAUUUGGAGCGACCCAGCAACAAUAUCGCGGCCACUUUGGCUCUGCACCAGCAGCAGCCUCAGUUAUGACUCUGAGACCUACGCAUUCGGCUCUACAAGAGCUUUCUUUAGUGUUGGAUCAAUUAUCAAUUGUAUGCCCUUAGUUUGUACUUUAGUUAACAAAGUACUAACCCCAAAGACUGAAUUUAGUAGCAUAUGUAAGUCAAACCUUUUACGAGUCUCGAAACAUUUCGUGAAUGCGUCUUUUAUACCAGUUUAAUAAAAUCCCAUUUAUCGGUUUAGGAUAAGUUAUAACUUGUACUUAAGCGUUAGGAAAAUCUGCCAGUUUGUGAGAUAUAUAUUCAUUUUUAUACACUGUAUAGAUAUAUUAGAACUGUACAAAUGUAAAGGACUUUAAUAUUUUAUCACGAAUAUGUAUGUUAUUCAAUCACAUUAGACAUUAAAUUGUAUUUUUCAAAUAUAAACAUUAUACAGUCAAA